AUGCUCAACAGUAGCUCUGUGAGUGAGUUUCUCCUGCUAGCAUUUGCAGACACGUGGGAGCUGCAGCUCCUGCACUUCACGCUCUUCCUGGGUAUCUACCUGGCUGCCCUCCUGGGCAACGGCCUCAUCCUCACCGUCAUAGCCUGCGACCACCACCUCCACACCCCCAUGUACUUCUUCCUCCUCAACCUUGCACUCCUCGACAUGGGCUGCAUCUCCACCACUCUCCCCAAAGCCAUGGUCAAUGCCCUCCAGGACAACAGGGUCAUCUCAUUCAUGGGAUGUGUUGCUCAAGUGUUUUUUCUUUUUUUCUACGCAACAGCUGAGUUUUCUAUACUCACCAUCAUGUCCUACGACCGCUACGUUGCCAUCUGCAAGCCCCUGCACUACGGGAGCCUCCUGGGCAGCAGAGCUUGUGCCCAGAUGGCAGCAGCUGCCUGGGGCAGUGGCUUUCUCAAUGCUGCCCUGCACACAACCAACACAUUUUCCCUGCCCCUCUGCCAAGGCAAUGCAGUGGACCAGUUCUUCUGUGAAAUCCCCCAGAUCCUCAAGCUCUCCUGUUCAGAUGCAUACCUCAGAGAAGUUGGGUCACUUGUUUUUUGUUCCUGCUUGACCUUUGGUUGUUUUGUUUUCAUAGUUUUCUCAUAUAUGCAGAUCUUCAGGGCAGUGCUGAGGAUGUCCUCUGAGCAGGGCCGGCACAAAGCCUUUUCCAUGUGCCUUCCUCACCUUGUUGUGGUCUCUCUGUUUCUCAGCACUGCCUUAUUUGCUUACCUGAAGCCUCCCUCCAUCUUCUCCUCAUCUAUGGAUCUUGUAGUGGCAGUUCUGUACUCAGUUGUUCCUUCAACUGUGAACCCACUCAUCUACAGCAUGAGGAACCAGGAGCUCAAGGAUGCAGUAAAGAAUCUGUUUGGUUACAUGCUUCCUCAGCACCAAUAA